AUGACGAUUCCGAUCGGAAUUGCAGUCAUUGAAGAGUUAAAGAAAGUCCAAGAUGACAAGCAGAAAACUGGGAUCGACAACGAAUCAUAUGACGAUUUCGAUGAAGCCGACAAAGAAACUGAUUUCGAUACAAUAGAUUUCGAAGAAAAACAAACAAAGUCAAGCUUGAAUCUGAAAAAUUUCGGAAAAGCAAUUUUACUGACGAUUCCGUACUCUUGCACUGUUGGUGGGUCUGCUUCACUUACUGGGACGAAUUCAAAUUUGGUUCUGAGCGACUACUGGGCAGAUCAAUUUCCUGAUUCGCCGAUUUCUCUUAGCUACACGGAAUGGAUGGGCUUCGGGAUCGUCAAUUCGAUUUGCUUUCUUUUCGUGAUGAUAAUUUAUUUGAAUGUUUUCUUUUUUGGCUUCAGAUGUGAGUCGAAUAAAGAAGAGGAACAAGCAGUAAGUGAAAUGAUCGCGAGAAAAUACGAACAACUCGGAAAAAUCUCUCCGGAAGAAAUCCUCGUCUUGAUAACUUUUGUAAUUGUGAUAAUCAUGUGGUUCUUCCGCGAGCCUGGUUUCAUGAAUGGCUGGACAGUUUUGUUCCCCGAGCCUGGUUUCAUAUCAGAUGGAGUUCCUGCUGUCUUUUUUGGCGUUUUGCUUUUUCUGAUUCCGGCGGAAAAAAGUGGCUUUUGGAAAUGUCCGCAAGAAGGACCCCCUGCUAGAGCGAUUCAUUCAUGGAAACGCUUCAAUGAAAAAAUGCCCUGGGAUAUUCUCCUUCUCAUCGGGGCGGGAUUCGCGAUGGCCGACGGAGCUGAUGCUUCUGGUUUUUCGACUUGGGUGGCAAAAAUUCUUGCUAAUCUUGUUGGCGGCUUGGAAAACUCUCUUCACGGAAAUUUGCUCAAACACGGCGGCGGCGUCAUUAUUUGUUCCGAUUUUGGGAGCGUUGGCGAAGGAGUUGUGCUUGCAUCCGUUGAGUUUGUUGAUGCCCGCGACAUUGGCUUGUUCCUUGUCUUUUAUGCUCCCAGCUUCGACGCCGACAAAUGCGAUUGCUUUUAG